AUGAAUCUUAUGUUCCGCAAGAACUUCGGCGAGAAGGGGCUCGGUGGUGGUGGUGGAGGAGGAGGCGGUGGCGGACUGGAGGGUCGCGCGACCCUCGGCACCGCUUACGGGCCAGCCACUUUGGGGUACACGGGGUCUCGGUUAGGCGUGAUGCGCGGUGCCGGCCAUUCGGCCGAGCCCGGCGAGAGGAUAGGACCGCCGCCCAGGAAGAACUCUGGCCCGCACGUGAUCAAAUGGGGCGGCGGAGGAGGUGGAGGGAGUGGCGGAGGCAGUGGAUCGGCACAGGGACCGGCAGCCGGGGGACAGGCGAGGAGGAAGCAGGCUCCGCAGCAGAAGGAACCCUCGGAACCCUCGACCCCGACGACCGCUUCUAGACAGGUUUCCUUCAGCGGUAACCGUGCGUCCGGCGCGUACACGCCCCUGGUGGUUUCCGGAAACAGCCCUCCGCGCGGCGAACCAAUCUCUCUGGCCACUUUGGACCGCGACUGUUUCAUCAUUCCCCUCGCUUCUCUUGAACGUUUUUUACCAGCGGGAGUACCGCUUUAUUCCGACUCGUUCCAGCAUGCGCCAAUCGCGGACAAAAAAAGACCGGGAAGUCCGCUGUCGGUCCUCGAAGUCGAGGAUCCGAAGCAAUGUGUUCUCGCUCAUUUCAUGACGCCCCUCGAGCCAUUGGAUCCUCUGGUCGAGUCUCCAGUUUCUCGACCCUUGGUCCUCCAACGGGACACUGCGGCUGAGCUGGUCGCUGAGAUUGCACCCUCCGCUUCCCAGAGUAUUCUGCUCACGAAUAUGGAAAAAGAUGCGGAUUUUCCAUUCAUCACGUACUACUUGAUAAACAAGCAGAACACGGACCCCGUCGAUUUCUACAACGAGGUGCAAUGCGCUGCCUUGAGAAAGUUUGAUCCUCGGGACCUUCGUUACGCAGCAAGUCACACGUUGGACUUGUUCAACGAAGUGGCCACCAUAGCGAGGCCACCGCUGGAACCACCUGGUGUCAGACCACCGAUUCCGUCCACCGGCUAUAUUGUCUCGAUUUUUAAGGUGUUCGAGGGCGACGACGGCCUCAAGUUUGAGCAAAACUGGCUCUAUUGGACCGGUGCUCGUAUGAUGUAUCGAUACUUACCGAAAUCGGUCGGCCUGAGACGGAUCACGUUGCACAAGUCCAUGUCACAGGGCGACAAGAUGUACCUCCUGAUCUGCGAGUGUUCGCAACUGCAAGACAAUCUCUCUGCGGCGGCGAUAUUGUUGCCCGCGUUACGAGCCCGGUUGUGCGGCUACAUCGGUCUCUACAGACCGUCGGUCUGCUUCUGA